UUUCUGGGACGUGCUCGGUGCCGAGCGGCCGUGACGUGCGAAACGCACCGCGGGCCCCGCUGCCGGAGCCGGGCGGAGCGCCCGGCACACACGCACACUCACACGGGCGCGCACACGCGCGGUGCAGGGCGCAGCGGCGCGCACGCCGCCCCGGGAGAGGGGGCGCGCAGCCACCCCCCGCGCCCAGCGGGCGGCGGGGGGGGCGCGCAGGGGGGGCGCGCACAGGCGCGCACUCACACAUCGGCACCCACGGAGGCUCGCUGGCUGGCUGGCUGGCUCUCACACACGCACACGCGCGCACACGCACACGCGCGCACACACACACACACACACACGCAGCAGCAGAGACGCGCUCCCGCUCCCUCCGUACUCCCUGCGCGCCCGGCGUUCACACCGCUUCCCGACAUCGGCAGCCAAGGACCCCCCCCGCCGCUGUCCGGCCAUCAGUGCCUGAGGGGGGAGGAGGAGGCAGGAAAGAGGAAUAAGUCUAUUAGUAACAACAACAACAAAAAAAACCCACCAACAAAUCUGCACUAGCGCCUUAGUCCUCCUCUCAAACCGUCGCCUGCCUGGCAUCGCCGCUCAUCGGGCUGCUGUGCUGAGACUUUGUUUCAAGUAAAAAACAAACAAACAAAAAAAUAUAUCCCAAAACAACAACAACAACAAACCCUUCGCUUGCUCAGCCACUUCCAAUUUUUUUCCCCUGCAAGCUCGCUGGUUUGAGGUGGUAUUUUUUGGUUUUUUCUUCUUUCCCUUCAUGUGGUUGGAUUUGGUGGAUCCGGAGCCAAAGCUGCUUUUUUUCCUCGGUGGUGUGUGUGUGUGGCGUGCGGGGGUUUUCUCGCUGCGUUUUUUAUCUUCUGCUGCUUUUUUUAAUCUUGGUUUUGAACCUGAGCCGGGGAAAAUGGGAAACGGUGCUUCCGACAGAAGGGGAAUCUCUCCAUCACUGUUGUUGGGACGUGUGCCUGUGGUGCUAGUGUUUUAGAGAAAUAGCCUGACAGCUUUCGGAGUGGAAGGCCAAAUGACAUAGGAUGAAGGCUGUUCGUAAUUUGCUGAUUUAUAUAUUUUCCACCUAUCUACUGGUUAUGUUUGGAUUUAAUGCUGCCCAAGACUUCUGGUGUUCCACAUUGGUGAAGGGGGUCAUUUAUGGAUCGUAUUCUGUAAGUGAAAUGUUUCCUAAAAACUUCACAAACUGUACUUGGACGCUGGAAAACCCAGAUCCGACCAAAUAUAGUAUUUACCUGAAAUUUUCCAAAAAGGACUUCAGCUGCUCCAACUUUUCCCUCUUGGCUUAUCAGUUUGAUCAUUUUUCCCAUGAAAAAAUAAAGGAUCUUUUAAAAAAUAACCAUUCUAUAAUGCAGCUCUGCGAUUCCAAGAAUGCUUUUGUAUUUCUGCAGUAUGAUAAGAAUUUUAUUCAAAUACGCCGCGUCUAUCCUAUCGAUUUCCCAGGAUUACACAAAAAAGAAGAUGACCAAAAAUCCUUCUUUGAGUUUUUGGUGUUGAACAAGGUGAGCCCAAGCCAGUUUGGGUGCCAUGUGUUAUGCACUUGGUUGGAGAGCUGCUUGAAAUCUGAGAAUGGAAGAACCGAGUCCUGUGGGAUCAUGUAUACAAAAUGCACCUGCCCUCAGCAUUUGGGAGAAUGGGGAAUAGAUGACCAGUCCCUGGUGUUGCUCAAUAACGUGGUGCUGCCCCUCAACGAGCAGACCGAGGGCUGCCUGACCCAGGAGCUGCAAACCACCCAGGUCUGCAACCUCACGAGAGAAGCUAAACGGCCACCAAAAGAAGAAUUUGGAAUGAUGGGAGAUCAUACAAUUAAAAGUCAGCGACCUCGAUCUGUUCAUGAGAAAAGGGUCCCUCAGGAACAAGCUGAUGCUGCUAAAUUUAUGGCACAAACUGGUGAAUCUGGUGUUGAAGAGUGGGCCCAGUGGAGUACGUGUUCAGUUACUUGUGGUCAAGGGUCGCAGGUGCGAACCAGAACUUGUGUAUCACCUUACGGGACACACUGCAGCGGCCCUUUAAGAGAAUCAAGGGUUUGCAAUAACACUGCCCUCUGUCCAGUACAUGGCGUUUGGGAGGAAUGGUCGCCUUGGAGUUUGUGUUCAUUCACAUGUGGUCGAGGCCAAAGAACUAGGACAAGGUCAUGUAUACCUCCCCAGUAUGGGGGAAGAUCAUGUGAUGGACCUGAAACACAACAUAAACCUUGCAAUAUUGCACUCUGCCCUGUGGACGGACAGUGGCAGGAGUGGAGCUCGUGGAGCCAGUGCUCGGUGACCUGUUCCAAUGGCACCCAGCAGCGGAGCCGGCAGUGCACAGCAGCGGCCCACGGCGGCUCCGAGUGCCGAGGGCCCUGGGCUGAGAGCCGGGAGUGCUACAACCCCGAGUGCACGGCAAAUGGCCAGUGGAACCAGUGGGGCCACUGGAGUGGCUGUUCCAAAUCCUGCGACGGUGGCUGGGAGAGGCGGAUAAGGAUCUGUCAGGGUGCUGCCGUGACUGGGCAACAAUGUGAAGGAACUGGAGAGGAAGUUAGACGGUGCAGUGAACAGAGGUGUCCUGCACCUUAUGAAAUAUGUCCUGAAGACUAUUUGAUGUCAAUGGUGUGGAAAAGGACCCCAGCUGGGGACAUGGCAUUCAAUCGAUGUCCUCUCAAUGCCACAGGCACCACUAGCAGACGCUGCUCUCUCAGUGUUCAUGGAGUGGCCUUCUGGGAACAUCCAAGCUUUGCUAGAUGCAUAUCAAAUGAGUACAGACACUUGCAGCAUUCAAUUAAAGAGCACCUUGCCAAGGGACAGAGGAUGUUGGCUGGUGAUGGUAUGUCCCAAGUAACCAAGACACUACUGGAUUUAACUCAGAGGAAAAAUUUUUAUGCAGGGGACCUUCUGAUUUCUGUGGAAAUACUCAGAAAUGUUACAGACACAUUUAAAAGAGCAAGUUAUAUCCCUGCAUCUGAUGGGGUGCAGAACUUCUUUCAAAUCAUUAGUAACCUCUUAGAUGAAGAAAACAAGGAGAAAUGGGAAGAUGCACAACAGAUCUAUCCGGGCUCAGUGGAGUUAAUGCAGGUGAUUGAAGAUUUUAUACACAUUGUUGGAAUGGGAAUGAUGGACUUUCAGAAUUCAUACCUAAUGACUGGAAAUGUAGUGGCUAGCAUUCAGAAGCUUCCUGCUGCAUCUGUUUUAACUGACAUCAAUUUCCCUAUGAAAGGAAGAAAAGGAAUGGUUGAUUGGGCACGAAACUCAGAAGACAGGGUUGUCAUUCCAAAAAAUAUCUUCACCCCUAUGUCAACAGAACUAGAUGAAUCAACUGUAUUUGUACUUGGAGCAGUGCUAUACAAAAAUUUAGAACUCAUUUUGCCCACUUUGAGGAAUUUUACAGUUGUCAAUUCAAAAAUCAUUGUUGUUACUAUACGACCCGAGCCCAAAACUACAGAUUCUUUCCUGGAGAUAGAACUGGCCCAUCUGUCUAAUGGCACAUUGAAUCCCUACUGUGUGCUGUGGGAUGAUUCAAGAACGAACGACUCUUUGGGAACCUGGUCCACCCAGGGAUGUAAAACUGUGCUUACCGAUGCAUCCCAUACGAAAUGCUUAUGUGAUCGUCUCUCUACCUUCGCCAUUUUGGCUCAGCAACCUAGAGAAAUAAUCAUGGAAUCAUCUGGUACACCCUCAGUGACCUUAAUAGUAGGCAGUGGUCUUUCAUGCUUGGCCUUGAUCACCUUAGCAGUUGUCUAUGCAGCGCUAUGGAGGUACAUCAGAUCUGAGAGGUCAAUAAUCCUAAUAAAUUUCUGCCUGUCUAUUAUCUCAUCAAAUAUCCUUAUCCUGGUUGGACAAACUCAGACACAUAACAAGGGCAUCUGCACCACAACCACCGCGUUUUUACACUUCUUCUUCUUAGCUUCAUUCUGUUGGGUUUUGACGGAAGCGUGGCAGUCAUAUAUGGCUGUUACUGGAAAAAUUAGGACACGGCUCAUAAGGAAACGCUUCCUGUGCCUUGGAUGGGGUUUACCAGCAUUAGUGGUUGCAAUAUCAAUAGGCUUUACCAAGACAAAAGGAUAUGGAACAGCCCACUACUGUUGGCUGUCUCUUGAAGGAGGGCUACUUUAUGCUUUCGUUGGACCUGCAGCUGCUGUUGUCUUGGUCAACAUGGUGAUUGGCAUUUUGGUAUUUAAUAAACUUGUUUCCAGAGAUGGAAUCCUAGAUAAAAAGCUCAAACACAGAGCGGGUCAGAUGAGUGAGCCUCAUAGCGGUUUGACGCUCAAAUGUGCCAAGUGUGGAGUAGUUUCAACAACAGCUUUGUCAGCCACCACCGCCAGUAAUGCCAUGGCAUCCCUUUGGAGUUCCUGCGUGGUGUUGCCACUUCUGGCCCUGACUUGGAUGUCUGCAGUUCUGGCCAUGACAGACAAAAGAUCAAUAUUAUUUCAGAUACUUUUUGCAGUAUUUGAUUCAUUACAAGGCUUUGUUAUUGUCAUGGUCCAUUGUAUUCUCCGAAGGGAGGUUCAAGACGCAUUCAGAUGUCGACUGAGAAAUUGCCAAGAUCCAAUCAAUGCAGAUUCUUCAAGUUCUUUUCCUAAUGGACAUGCUCAAAUCAUGACUGACUUUGAAAAGGACGUGGACAUUGCUUGUCGGUCAGUUCUGCAUAAAGACAUCGGACCUUGCCGAGCAGCUACUAUAACAGGAACACUUUCUAGAAUUUCACUAAAUGAUGAAGAGGAGGAGAAGGGACCAAACCCUGAAGGAAUGAGCUAUUCUACCUUGCCUGGAAACAUCAUCUCCAAAGUCAUCAUCCAGCAACCAACAGCUCUCCACAUGCCUAUGAGUAUGAGUGAACUGGCCAAUCAGUGCUUGAAAAAAGACAACAGUGAGCUGCGGAGGACUGUGUAUUUAUGCACUGAUGAUAAUUUGAGAGGUGCGGAUAUGGACAUAGUCCAUCCUCAAGAGCGGAUGAUAGAAAGCGACUAUAUAGUCAUGCCCCGGGGCUCAGUAAAUACCCAGCCAUCACUGAAAGAUGAAAGCAAAAUGAAUAUAGGCAUGGAUACGUUGCCUCAUGAAAGGCUGUUGCACUACAAAGUUAAUCCAGAGUUCAAUAUGAAUCCCUCUGUAAUGGACCAAUUUAAUAUCAAUUUAGACCAGCAUCUUCCCACCCAAGAACAUAUGCAGAAUUUACCAUUUGAGCCCCGCACAGCAGUGAAGAAUUUUAUUGCCUCAGAGCUGGAUGACAAUGCAGGAUUAUCAAGAAGUGAAACUGGAUCCACAAUAUCAAUGAGCUCUUUAGAGAGAAGAAAAUCACGUUAUUCGGACCUUGACUUUGAAAAGGUCAUGCAUACAAGAAAGAGGCACAUGGAAUUGUUUCAAGAGUUAAAUCAGAAAUUUCAGACACUGGACAGAUUUCGGGAUGUACCAAAAUCAGGCAGUAUGAAGAGCUACUCUCAGACAUGAAGAGGUAUUAAGCAGAUGCGAGGCCAAUGGAUUUACAUCACAUCAUCCUAAUCCAUCAGAAAUUUGGCCCUGGCCCUGAUUCUUUGAUGAACCUUUAGCUGUGAUAUGUGUUAUUUUGCACCCAGUUCUUGCUCACUCCCCCUUCUGAGAUUUCCUGACAUGUAAAGUCUGUGUUUGCCUCCCUAUUUGAGAUUUGCUCUCCACAUAAAGCUUAAAUUAAUUCAAAAUCUCAAAGGGAAUCUCAGUGGACGAGUUGCGUUUACUCUGUUUUGCAUCGGCACUGUGUUUUUGAAAAGUCUGCUAAUAAAAGCUGCCUAGAGGAAUGGCGUAUCUGUAAGAUAGUCAGAGAGUGAUCCAGGUACCUAAAUAUAGGCAUCUUAGGCUAUUUUAGACAGCCCCAGGUGUCUUAGUCUAGAGCAUGGUACAAGCAGUGGUGACGCAGGACUCAAAGGAGACCUGCACCUCUCAUGAAGGCUGAUAGGAGAUCAGGCAGAAAAUCCAAAAGUAUCUAAAAUGUUGCAAAAAUGUGAAGUUUUGGCAACCGAGUCCCAUACAACAUGUUACAGCACAAACCAUGAAUUAAAUCAGUCUUAGUCCCUAUUGCCUUCUACCCUAGAAAACUUGGCAUUAAAAAAAAAAAAAAAUCGGUAGUAAAUAAGCAGCUUUCAGCCUGUUAAUCCUAAUAUACAUGAGCUCAUCAGCCUGUAAAGCAAGAUGGGCUCUCACAGCACUUUCAAGGACUAGGUUUCUGUGGUUCUGUCAUGCACUUGCCCCAGUUUAAAAUCUGACUGGCAAUCCCUGUUUCAAACCACUCCAUAUUUCAGGCAGCAAGCUCUUCUCAAUUACCUUCCCUUCUUUUCUCCCACCUUUCUACACAACCACUAUUAAAAAGAUGGCUAUUGGUACUGGAUCACUUGGCCAUUCCUCAUGUACGUUGGUUCUUGUGAAAGAAAGGGCUUAGCUGGCGGCUCAGGUGAGGAGCCUGCCAAAGUGUUGAUUGUUCACAGAGAAAGAGUCACAACAGCGCUGAACACCUGCCAGCCUGGCUCCCUGCAAAGCCAUCUCCCCUCUCUGGCUUCUGUGUCUCAUGAGAGCACGUCAGCAAUCAGCCUUACAAACUGAAAAGACAUUAUUUCAUCCUUGGGUUUAAUUCUUCUUUCUUUGGUCUUCAGGAGAACUCAGCACCGAGCAAGGCUCCAUGGGACAGUUUCAAAACCUCCGGUGACUACCAACACUAUACAACAAUAAAUGUAUUAGACACAGAGGCAAAAGAUGCUUUAGAACUCAGACCAGCAGAAUGGGAGAAGUGUCUGAACUUGCCUUUAGAUGUGCAAGAAGGUGACUUUCAAACAGAAGUUUAACAAAAACAAACUGAACAAAACAAAAACUAA